AUGGCCAGCAGCGACGCAGCGACCAAGCUUGGUCUGAAAGAUCCGACUCUGUUCAAGACACAGGCACUUAUCGGCGGGAAAUGGCUCGGAGCCAAGGACGAGGCGACAAUAAAAGUGUUCAAUCCCGCGACGGAUGAGGAACUUGGCACCGUUCCAGACCUAGGUCUCUCUGAGACCCAGGAAGCCGUGGAGGCUGCUGCAGCUGCUUUCAAAACCUGGAGCAGGACCACCGCCAAGGAGCGCCACGAUAUCCUCAAGAACUUCUAUGCACUGAUGCAAGAGCACUCUGAAGACUUGGCGCGCAUCAUCACUCUGGAAAAUGGCAAACCUUUGGCAGAAGCUAAAGGAGAAAACGCGUAUAGCUCAUCAUUCAUUGAAUGGUUUGCGGAAGAAGCUGUACGAACAUACGGAGAGCAUAUUCCCUCGCCAUUUCCGCAUAUACGCAACAUCACGAUCAAGCAACCCGUCGGUGUUGUAUCCAUCUUGACGCCUUGGAACUUCCCCUCAGCAAUGAUCACCCGGAAGCUCGGUGCAGCUCUGGCAGCAGGAUGCACGACGGUCAUCAAACCUGCUUCGGAGACCCCGUUUUCCGCUUUGGCUUUGGCAGAGCUUGCAACCCGCGCUCAAGUACCGCCAGGCGUAAUCAACGUUGUGACGACCCACCAGCACGUCAGCGACGUUGGGCGUGAACUGUGCGAAAACAAGGAGGUCAGGAAAGUCACGUUCACGGGAUCCACACCGGUCGCGAAGAUGCUGGUAUCGAUUGAAGCCGGUGGAAACGCGCCCUUUAUCGUGUUUGAUGACGCAGACAUUGAUGCGGCAGUGGAGGGUGCGAUCGCAUGCAAGUUCCGCGGCACGGGCCAGACCUGCGUCUGUGCCAACCGUAUCUACGUCCAGGCCGGAGCGUUCGACGAGUUCGCAUCCAAGCUCGCGGACAAGGUGUCGCAGUUCAAGCUUGGUAAUGGCCUCGACGGUAAAACGACGCAUGGGCCUUUAAUUCAUUCAAAAGCCGUUGACAAAGUCAAGCGGCAUGUCGAUGACGCCAUCCAGCGCGGCGCUCAGAUUCUGAUAGGCGGUGAAGCAGUUGCUCCCUCAUCCACCACGCCCUCCUCCAACUUCUUCGCCCCGACCGUGCUGGCCGACGUCCCCGCCGAUGCACUCAUCAACACUGAGGAGACGUUCGGCCCCGUCGCAGCGCUGACAAAGUUCAACACUGAGGAAGAAGUCGUCAAGCUCGCGAACGACACUGACGUCGGACUGGCAGGAUACUUCUAUAGCCGGGACGUUGGUCGAGUCUGGAGGGUCGCCGAAGCGCUCGAAGUAGGCAUGGUCGGGACAAACACUGGCUUGAUCAGUCAAGCAGUGAUCCCAUUCGGUGGCGUGAAAGAGAGCGGUCUAGGGCGUGAAGGUGCGCAUGGCAUUGAUGAGUACAUGAAUACAAAGUACAUAGCGUUUGGAGGGCUUUGA